AGUUGUAUUUUAGUCAUGGCAUAGUUCGAGAGAAUGAAACAUAUACGACUCAAAAAGCUGGUUGGCAAUGUUCAUGUUCCGCCAUUACGAUCUGCACGCGUUAUCCGUCGUGACAUUUUCUCGCAAAAAUUGGAAGAAAAACCUGAAAUAUUCCACUAAUUUCCACUAAUUAAUUACUGUCUAGUUUGCUUUUGAUUUUUCUUCGUUGAAUUUAAUGUAAAAUUAACGAUUUUCCGUUCGUUGUGUGCCAAUUUCGUCAGUGAAAAAAAUUUAGAUUUUUUUUUGUUCGACUGAACGAUUUUGACGGGACUGUUCGGACGAAAUUUUGAAGAAUAAUUUUUUUUUUGAUUGCUAAAAAAAUCAUUUCGAAUUUGAUGCAGCGACUCAAGUCCGAACAAAAUCAUUUAUUUCAUCACGUUUGCACAGUCUUCACGGAUCCCAGUUAGAGCUCAGAUUUGCGGAGCACUCGAGUGAAGGAAGUGUUAUCGGCAGAAUAGUUCUACAUUGCAAUUGGAUCCAGUCGUCCGUCAACAAUUAAACAGUGGAAGAAGAAAAAUAUUAAUUUUUUUUUCAUUUUCUUGAAGCUAAAAUAGUGAAAUUUGUGUGAAUGUGUGAGGCGUGUACAUGCAACAUUUUUUUAUGUGACACGCUAAUCAGUGAAUUCGGACAUUCAACAUUUUGGGUGUUUUGUUAAAUGAAUUGUUUAGCAGACGUAUCACAACGACUUCAGAACGCAUUGGACAGCAAUUACAAUGUCAUCGACAUGCCAACGGUAUUGGAGGUUAUCACAGUGUUGGAGGGAACGACGAUCACAAAAGAGCAACUGGAAACCACCCGACUAGCCAAAUACAUCAAUCAACUACGUCGCAAGACAUCAAAUGAUCAACUAGCCCGUCGCUCAAAAAAUUUAUUAAAAAAAUGGCGUGAAAUGGUAAUACCAAAUCAAAAUACUGUGCAACCACAAUCGACUGCAAAUGCACCGCUAUCCCAUCCAUCUUCUGCAAUAUCACCGAGAUCAGUUUCCAAUCAAGCUUCAAAUCGUUUGGCUGGCAACACAUCAUUGUCGAAUGGCGGCACUCCGACCGCUCAACAUCUGUCCACAUGGUCACCGCUCUCACAAAAUGUGAAAGGUGCCGUCUUAUCAAAAGAGAAUAUGAUUCGUCGACCGAUGCCAACAACGCCACAAUCAUCGGUUCAACAUAAAUCGUCGUCUAUGCCCAUGACUAGCACUACAACUCCCAAAUUUCCGCCACCCAUUCUCAACACAAACAAUGGCAGCAAUAGCAGUCUAGUAACAUCUCACGCAUCUCCAGCCAACCCAGCGGCAAUCAACUCCACUAAAGUCACUAGUCGUUUGUCAUCAGCCCAACCGAUUAGCUUUGCGAAUCUAAUUAGUCAGGCUGAAGUAAACCAACAUAUCGAUGGACCCAAAAAAGUCAACCCCAACACAAAUUCGUCCAAUCGCAACAUCAACACAAUUGACAUUAGCAAUCUAUCGCAAAGUCCGAAAAUGCCAAAAAUUCCUCGUAAAAAUAAUGUUUCUGGUGCUACGGCUGAGAACCAUCGGUCGGCGAGUCCACAGUUUCUAAUGGGAAACCGAACUUCGAACUUUCGUUUACCACCGCAUAAUGAUGUCGAUGAUGCCAACAGUCGUCCAUCAUUCACCAACAUAGAACAUCAAACCAAACUUGAACAACCGAACAACAAUUCACGCAAGACGUUCAACGGUUUCGGCAAUAUGUUCCUGUCCAAUGCAAAGCCAUCAGUUCCAAUCACUUCGUCCGACAUACACGAUUCUCAUUCCGGUUCGUCAUCGAUGAUUUUGGCACCGGUGUCGCAAGCGUCGCUUUCGAUAGCUGCAACAACAGUACCAGCUUCAUCGAUUGAAAUUACAGACAGUCAAAAGCACAAAAAGCGUAAACGAGAAGAGAAAAGUAAAGAACGGAACAGCAACCGAAGGAAAGAUGCAACUAGUUUGGGUACAGCAUCAUUCGACAAUAGCAUAUCGAAUAGCAGUUCAUUGGGCAUGUUCAAUAGUGCUACCAAUACGACCAAUACCACUAACUUGGGCAGCAUCGUACCGUCAACACAUAAACUAUCUGAGCUGACCUUUACCGGCAAAUUUUCAAAAUCCGAUGACGCAAUCAUCAACAUUGAUACUACAAGUGGUAGUAGCAGUCCCAAGCAAAUGAUUGGAGGCCGCACCGAUAGUCUAAUGCAAGAAAGUCCGUGUGACAGUCCCAUGUUAUCGGUUGAAAAUUCCAAUGAAAGUGAGAUCGGCGACUCGAUACUAAAAUCCUCGAAUCUGUUAGCGACUACCGCAGCGCCGACUACAGCAGUGCCAUUAGAUACGUUAGAUUCAUCCCGAUUGGAGUCUUCAAAUAUGCCAACGCCGAAAAAACGAGGACGAAAAAAGGGUUCGACUGGCGUGGAUAGAAAUAUGUCGCUAGCGGGCCCGUCAUCCAGUCAGCCAAUAUUUGGAUCGGUUUCGGUGCUUAAGUCGAAAAUGGAUUCGAUGAGAAGUGUCAAGAAGGUGAAAACAACGAAAGAGUUGCUAGCUGAACUACAAAAUCGGAAACCGCCAUUGACUGGCAAUGGCAGUGGUUCAACGAAUUCUUCACCAAUGUUGGAAUUGCCUAUACAAUCUCUGGUAUCACCUUCAUCGCUGUGUUCAGACAAUUCUCAAACGAAUUCAACCGACAUGCGUUCCACAACGGCUACCCCCGUCUCUCUGCAAACAGCACCAACGCCUGAACCGCACACCGAUUCACUUCCGAACAAUGAUCAACCAAAGAAACAGACAGCCGAUUCGAAAACGAUCGAUCAACAAAAAGGCAUCGAUGACGAGAUUAUGGAGCUAAGACGUCAAUUGCCGCCAGUAGACUUCGAUGCUGUGAACAAUUGGUCCGAUCAUGACGCGGAUGUAGCUUGUACGUGUAAAUUAAUCGAAUUGGAUCAACCUCUACCGAACGCCGACAUGAACUCGUUUGACGAAACAACUGCGAUGGAGGGAGGCGAAAAAGUAUUACAAAUCGAAGUCAAGCUAACCAAAAUAGAUGAACAAUUACCAAAGGUACCACCCGAUUUAGCCGAUGCCACACAAAUUGGUAAAUCGAUAAAACCGCCAAUUCAAGUCCAGCUGCAACAGAAACCCCCUCGAAUUAAAUCGAUAUUCGAUUUGGAUUUCGACGAUGACGACGAUCCAAUCCAUCGAUUCACAACCAAUACGGACGACAUUAAGGUUGAGCCCGUUGAAAGUGCUGCUAAGCUCAGCGAUCCUAAUAAUUCCAAUUCGAUGCCAUCAUCAUUGAAAGAAACAGAAGAGUGCAAUGCUGAGAAAUCAACGACCAAUGCAUUAUCUGUACCAUGUCUUCCUCCACCACCGAUACCUGUGAAUGAGCCAACAAUAUGCCAACGCUUCGAAGUUGUAGAAGAUGCACUGUGUCCGGCAAAGGCGCAUUUUAUAACCAGUAAAAAUUGUGUCACACGAUACCAUGUGGAUACAUUGCACAAUUGCUUCAUACCGAAUGUGAAUGGCAACUGGAGUGUGAUCGAAUCUGACGGAAUCAAAUCCGAAUCGACCGACAGCAAAGAGUUUGAAGAGUUGAAAUUUGUCCCGAAGUACGAUCACAUGCGGCUGGAUAAGAUUCCAAAAAAUAUGAGAGACUUUGACAUGGGUUGGUACAGACAGAGAAAGCUGCGGAAAAAAGUCGUGAAAACAGAAGCUGUAGAUAUCCAGCCACCGGAUUGUGGUAAUGUGGACCAAGAUGAAACGGAAGUUAUUAGUAGUCGUUUAAGCAAUAGUAGCCAAACAAAUGUUAUAGAUGUAACGCAUAGUGAUGGACGGGAUGAGCUAAAUUGUGAUUUGAAGACUAGUUGUAUGGAUGAUGGAAACGUCGAAGAUGUUUCACGGGUAAAUGAACUGGAAGCAAUGGAUGGACAAUCAGAAGAAUGUGUCGCCUCAACGGACAGUCGAAAGCGGAAGGCAAGCAAACGGAAAAGUGUCAAAUACAAAAUUCGGAAAAGUUCCAGCGAUUUCAGUCGUGAUUUGGAUGGUGCUGGUGGACCAUAUGAUGGAAUCGGCGAUGGCAGCGAUCCAAAGAUUGAAGCGCCCACUCGCAUUAUUCUGAAAUUCAGUCGGCAAGUGACAACCGAUGCGGAUGUGGAAGACGGCGAAGAUGAUGAUGAUGACGAUGAUUAUGAUGAAUCAGAUGAAGACGAAGACGACGGUGAGGAAACGUUUGAUGAGUGCGAAGAAGAAGAUGAAAUCAUGGAUGACGUCGAAGACGGCAGUUUCGUUCAUGAUAAAGAUGAUCUGCUAGAGUAUAAUGAUCAGAGCAAUUGCCAUUCCAAUGACAAUAUCAGAGAAAUCAAUAUCGUUGAGAACAACAACGAUGAUAACGAGAAAUUUGUUCGAAAUGUUGAUUUAAGCGCAGAUGUAAUGGAUGUUGAUCAUUUCAAAUUACGUAGAUUCGAUGCCGACGACCACGAAUGCCGACCGCCAUCAAUCAAAUUCGAUGAUCAUUUAUCAUCAUCAUCUCACCGAACUUCACCACCACUACCGCUUCCAGUCAGUCAACUUCCAGCACAUUCGGAACUGGAACUGAAUCAUACCGAUUCGAAUCGAAUGGAUGUUGUCACGACUCCACAAUCAAUGGACUGCGAUGACAAUGAGGAUGAUGAUGAUGAUAAGACUGGUGAACAGCUGCCGUUGGACAACAAUGAACAGCUGGCGAGUUUUAAUAAUGUUUCCAAUGAAAAUGAAAGCGGUAUACGACCAACUCUGAGCCAAGAAUUCAAAGAAUGGCACGAAGUUGUUCGAGUUAGAUCAUACAAUGAUGAACUAUUAACCAUUUUGCCUUACGUAGUUAUCGAUUAAAGAAAUAAAAAUUUAAAAAGAAAAAUGGGAAAUGAAAUGAAUUUAAAAGGAAAGAAGAAAAAGUUUAAUUUAAUUUGAAAGGAAGAAAGAUUUUUUUUUGUACUCUCAUAGUUGAUGAGCAAGCCCAAUCUGGCAUCUGAAAUUAAGAAUAAAAUUGAAAUUUCUUGGAUGCGUAGCACUCCAUUGUUUUUGUUGUAAAAAUUUUCUUUUCUAUUUUUUUUUUCUUUGUUACAUUGCCCUAAUUCAAGAUUAAAUCCAAAAAAAAAAAUAAACAAUGAACUAGAAAAAGACAAAACUCUUGACUUCAUCACUGGAAACGAAUACAUUUUGCAAAGUAUUUAUUACUAAAUGGAGAAAUUGAUCGUACACGAGACAAACGGUACGCGUCUCUUUGAGUUUUAUGUCAAGUUAAUAUAUAUUUUUGAUCAUUUUGUUAAUUUUGUUGGACGAAAUUCGAAAAAGAAAAAAAUUUGUUUUUGUUUAAUUUAGUAAAAAAAAGAAGAAAAAUUCAUUUUUCCAAAAAAAAAAAAAGAACUGAAAUGUGUAGAUCGCGUGUGUUAUGCACGUUGGACAGAUUUAACAAACAAAAAGUGAUGUAAUUUGAUAAAAAAAGGAAAAUUUAAGAAUUGCAACUGCAAGACACACACACACACUUAAUGAAGAAACAAAAUCACACAUUAUGUAAUUCUCGCCUAGUAAAACGACUAGAAUAGAAUUUGUGUAUAUAAAGUCUAGGUUAAGUCAUAAAUUAUUGAACUCCGAAAUACGGAAAUACAACCUUACAUACAAGCAUUAACAA